UGUCUCCUGGCAUCUGCUUAUGUAUCAUGUAGAGAGCCUUUGUAGGGCUAAUUGAAAGCUUCUUUCACAACCUGACUGAACUCUGUUUUCUUUACAAUAACUGAUGAAAUUUCUGAGCUUUCAAGCAUUCAAUGAACUCUUUGGGAACAUCCCUCGUCGCUGUGUAUUCACACAGGGAACGGGGCCUGCAAGAAGAGCUUCUCCUCAUAUCAGAGAGGCAGCAGUAGCUACAUGUGAGCUGAGAUUCCCUUUUGCUGGCAGUGAGCAGCUCUUGGGUACUGCAGACACCACUGGAAUGUUUAUGAAACGUGAGGCCAGGAGGCAUGUGAGAGGUUCAAACCAUGCUGACACAUCGUGCACAUUGUCAUUGCCAAGAUGCACAUCACACACAAGAUUUGUGAGCGGGGCUUGUAUAACAAUUUAAGGUUUACCUGAAGUAAUGAAGCAUCCACCUGCUCCACACAAAGCCAAAACUUUUGCAUUUGCUAAGCCCGUGGGACACUGACAGACUGAACUGGUUGUACCAAGUGCCAACAUUUCCAUUAAGGCCACAACAGGAAGAUCAUUGCCCAACUUCAGCAUUGUGAAGAACGACUUUGAACCUAACUUCUCUCUGUUGACUGUGGAGGGAAGGUCGUUAACUCAUCAGGCAAAUAGAGAACAACGAAAAAGACCUCUGAAAAUGCUAUGGAUAUCAUGGCUCCCAACUGCAUCCCUCUUUCUUCUGCUUCUCCCCUGCUUCCCUGGCCACGACGGUGAAGAAAAUGAGAAGUCAACAGACAUUAUCAGUGUUUUGGAAGGAUACUCCAUCAGCAUAACUUGCUCAAUGAAAGGUUCAGAAAAUGAAGUGGGAAUGUAUUUGACAACUAGCAUACAGCCGGUCAAUGUGGUGUAUAUUUCCCAGCACAAUACUUCAUAUAUCCUUCCUGCUUUGGCUAAUCGUGUCAAGUAUUCAAAAGAAGGAAGGAAUCUCAGGAUAACUCUGAACAAUGCACGGGAAUCUGAUUCCAAUAUCUACCAAUGCAUUAAGUAUGUUAAAAACAAAGAACAUCACAAAAAGCUGAUUGGGAAGACAACCAUAGUAGUGGUGAAAGGUAAAACCAGUGGAGUUGUGGAACAGUCACCACUCUAUGUCAAUCCUCAGCAAGGCCAGUCUGUCAGCAUUACGUGUGCAUUGAAAAGUUCCCAUGAAGAAGAAGAGAUUUCCUUGCUCAAGACUCAGAUGCAACCCGAAAGAGUGUUACAUGUUUUAAGCCAGAAUACUUCAAAUAUUUCCUCUACUUUUGCUAAUCGCUUGGAGUAUUCAAAGCAAGAAAAUAAAAUAGUGAUAACUCUCCACAACCUACAGAAGAAUGACAGUGAUAUAUAUGUAUGUGCUGGAAUGGUGAAGAAUUUAUCUUUCCUCCUAGUGAACAGUAGAGGCACCAUGAUGCUGAUUAAAGAAGCAGACCAGACGUACUGCAGUUCCUGGGUCUUAUACAGUCUUAUCACCGUGGUAGCACUUCUGUUUUCUGCGCUGAUUUGCUGCACCAUGUACCACGUCAAUAUGAAGAAAUACUUUCACAAAAGAAAACCAAAUGCAGUAUAUGAAGAUAUGUCUUACAGUUCUAGACUUAACACCUUGAUCAGAAACGUUUACUCCACUGGCGAUUAAGUUUCUGCCAGCUGGGACCAUGCGUGGAUCAACCACUCCUUUACAGGUCUCUCUGAGAGCAGCCCGAUGCAGUAGCUGAACUGAAAAUCCUGUCAUCUGCCUUCUUCAGAGGAGGGAGAAACCUGCCUCAUUUCCCAAGCCGCUUCUGUUUUUCUGACAACUUGUGAAGCUUAUUUUUUUUAAAGGUACAGAAAAUGUAGAGAACUGUACAGAAAAUGUAGAGAACUGCACAUAUCCUGCCCAUGUGUUUGCAGUGUUGUGUGGAAAGUAGUAUUUUUGGACUAUGCGUUUAGUUAGAUGCAACAUAUGGGCUCAUUUCUUUGACUGAUAAAUAACCCGUUCAGGGAAGGUGGGAUAGAGUUAAAAGUUUGGUUCUGAGCUUUGAUAAGUGCUCAGGAAGACCAGAACAGGCGUGUUUAAUGAUAUUCAAUGGAUCCACAUAUGCACGGAUAACAGUUCUCUUCUGAAUCCUCGCUGGGUCUGCCCAAGAGCUCAGGUAAACUACUCUCAACAGUUACAGCAAAGAAAUCUCUUCUGAAGACAAAUCAGAACCUUCAUGGCAGAGUGCAUUAUAAGUGAAAUGUUAGAUAUGUGUGGGCUCACCUAUUCAAAGAACAUAAUGGUCCCAUAAAAAUGCAAUCAAGUCUAGAUUUCGAAUUACUGCUUUUGUCAGAGAUGCUGGUGUGGUGUGCGUCUUGACAGGGUUGACAUGCAAAAUGACUAGACUCAAGGAACGACGGCUUUGUGGGACAGCAGAAAAAUUUCUGAUGUGCUGGUGGUGUCUCGAACUCCAGAUGUCUUAGGGCUACAAAGCAGAAUGCAUUUUUCCAGGUCAAUGACUCUAUACUGAAUAGUGCAAGGUGAUCUAAUCUGGGAUAACGCCAAUGCCUGUAUUCCAGUCUGGCAUGGGUGAGUCUGAUCCAAAAUCACUCUUAACAAGGGAAUUUAUCAAAAACUCACAUCAGUUAAACAGAAACUAAAUUUAGUCUAGUAAUGGCUUAGAACAGGUUGCUAUGAUAAGCUUAACUCUCCUCUAGCUAAGAAAGGGCUGUGGCUUCCCCUGGGGACGUUUUUGUUUUGCAGAGCUGGGUCCACUGUGGCAAGUCAACAAUCUUGCGUGCCUAGAGGUAUGUCAAGUUGUCCUCUUUAGAGGCAGGAUUGAAAGCGUUGGCUUGUGGCUUCUGGGACAGGCUGAGACUGGAAUUUUUCUGUAUUGAUGUAUUUGUUUAGUUUUUUGAGGGGUUAGGGCCAGUUUGCCAUCGAUGGGAGUUCAUAGCUAGAGCUAUGGCACAGGUGAGCUCUUGAGGCCACAGCUUGCCCAGCCAAAUCUGUCACUGGGGACAGCCCAUCGCCUUACAAAUGUCACUUGAGAAAUGCAGUGUACCAGACCCGAGGGGAAAUCUGCUGGAGGAGGGACAGGUUUACCUUGUACCAGAGAGGUGUCUGCUGAUGGCAGAACCUGCAAUCCUCACACAGCUGCACCUGAAUAAAAUGACGUUUGUGAUUGUGG